UCUUUCUUAUGACAUUAUUUUCCAAACACAACUCGGGGGUAUCUGUUCAUUUACAGCUGACUUACAAAUUUUGUUUAUUCUUAAAAUAAUAUUACAAAAAUAUGGAUGCAGAAACUUCACGGAAAACUUGGGAGCUGGAGAAUAAUAUAAAAACUUUGCCGGCUUGUGAUGAAAUUUUUCGUUAUGAUGCAGAACAACAAAGACAGAUUCUUGAUGCAAAGCCAUGGGAAAAGGACCCACACUAUUUUAAGGACAUAAAAAUUUCAGCUUUAUCCUUGCUUAAGAUGGUAAUGCAUGCUCGAUCAGGUGGUACAUUAGAGAUUAUGGGUCUACUUCUUGGUAAAGUUGAGGAUAAUACAAUGAUUGUAAUGGACGCUUUUGCAUUGCCUGUUGAAGGCACCGAGACUCGUGUUAACGCCCAAUCACAAGCUUAUGAGUACAUGUCUGCUUAUAUUGUUGCAGCCAAAGAAGUGGGACGUUUGGAAAAUGCAAUUGGAUGGUACCAUAGUCAUCCUGGUUAUGGCUGUUGGUUAUCUGGAAUUGAUGUAUCAACACAAAUGCUAAAUCAAAACUAUCAAGAACCAUUUGUUGCCAUUGUAGUGGAUCCAGUACGUACAGUAUCAGCAGGUAAAGUUUGCUUGGGUGCUUUCCGCACUUAUCCAAAAGGAUAUAAACCACCAAAUGAAGAACCUUCUGAAUAUCAAACCAUACCUUUAAAUAAAAUUGACGAUUUUGGCGUACAUUGUAAACAAUAUUAUCCACUCGAGGUGACUUAUUUCAAGUCUGCAUUAGAUAGAAAGCUUUUAGAUUCCUUGUGGAACAAAUAUUGGGUAAAUACGCUGGGUAGCUCUGGUUUACUUACCAAUACUGAAUAUACAACUGGGCAAAUUUUCGAUUUGUCGGAGAAGCUUGAGCAGAGUGAAUCGAGUUUGGUACGUGGGCCAUUUGUGGUUACAGGUGCUGAAGGUAGCGAAAAACGUACAGAGGAUAAACUCUCGAAGGCCACUCGUGAUUGCAGCCGCGCAUCUAUUGAGCUAAUUCACGGUUUAAUGGCACAAAUUGCCAAAGACAAAUUGUUUAACAAAGUUGGACUUGGGAAAUAAUUUGAAAAGAUCACUUAAUGCAUAAUUUAUAAACCGUAUUUUUCAAACUAUAUCAAAAUAAAUAAAUAAAAAUAAAUUUUUAUUUGAGAUUUA